AUGAUCGACUUUUGCUGGCUAGCUGACACACUGCAACUCUUUGAUCUCGUUGAUGAGCGCAAAGGAAUGACCACACAGACAGCCCCAUGCUCUUCAUUACCGACAACAACUGGUCUAAAAUGCCGUGUUUGUGGGGAUUCACGUGCUGGUCGACACUAUGGAACAAUCGCCUGUAAUGGAUGCAAGGGAUUCUUUCGCAGAUCGAUUUGGGAACAACGAGAUUACACAUGUCGCUUUGGAGGGAAAUGUCAAGUUGUGCAAGAAUACCGAAAUCGUUGCCGAGCUUGUCGCUUGAGGAAAUGCUUUGAAGUGGGCAUGGAUGCAAGGGCCGUUCAGUCCGAGCGCGAUAAACACAAGAAGAAAUCGGUUCGCGAUUCGCCGAUGAGUGACGAUGGUGUUGUGAAUCGAGCGUUUGCCGAGACUCUCUCCGUGCCACCGAUGAAACGAAUCAAAGAAGAUGAUCGAUCAUCGCCAUCAAUCAACGAUUCAAUCAUCUACACCCAACCACCGCAAUCACCAUACAUCUUUGUGAAUUCACAGAUGCCAACCUCGUCUCGUUCGCUAAAUCUCCAUCAUUUUGUCCGCGAAAGAGUCCCCCUUGUGGAGUACCUUCUGGAAUUGGAAGCAAUCUGUGAUAACAUGGUCGAUUCCGAGGACGCUGAAGUGACAAACGAUUUCGAGAAGCUGUGCAGAGUGGAUGUGACAAUCGAGAUGGCGUUUCGACAACCAGGGCUUGUUGCAAAGAGGACACACCCCCGCUGGCUGGCAUGUGAGCGUUUGACGACUCUCGAGGAUGUUCAUAUUGCGUGGUGCCGAUCCUUCGUUUUGUGCGUCGACUGGGCGACUCUCUACAAAGAAUAUAAGGAGCUCAACUCGGACGAUCAGUACACCCUGUUGAGGCAUCGGAUUGUUUCAGUGAAUUGGCUCUGUCACACCUAUAAAACGUUUAAGAGUGGUGUUGACGGGGUGGCGCUCGUGAAUGGAAGCUAUUAUCCACGAGAUAAAGAGCUGCAGAAAUCGUUGGAUCCGGGUUGUAAUCACUACUUCUCGAUUCUCUCCGAGCAUCUGAUGCUGGAUCUAGUGUUACCGAUGAGAGAACUGAAUAUGGAUGAAGGGGAAUUCGUCCUUCUCAAAGCACUUAUUCUAUUCAGAAUUGAUCGUCGUCUCUCGAUUGAGGGAAAAUCGCAUGUGGGAAUGGUGAGAGAUCGGCUCAUUGAUGCUUUAUAUCAUCACAUACAACAAGAACAUCCCUCGUUUUCUGCCAUUCAAAUCGCUCAACGUAUCUCUCGUCUACUUCUCCUUCUUCCCGCCAUCGAGCACCUUUCUCAACAAGAAGACGAUAAUGUGCAAUUCUUGGCUCUUUUCAACAUCGCCAACCUUAACGGACUACCCUAUGAAUUACACUCGUCAAUAAAGCAAAUGAUAUGCAAAUCUGAUGAUAAUACACAGGUGAACGAAGUCUCGUCAAAUGACCUCAAAGAAUGUGCCGAUUUCAAUUAUAUUCCGUAUCAAACUGAAAUG